CCAGAUCUCGCGCAGUCUCGUCCUCGAGGAAACAAAAUGGCGGCGGCUCUGUGUAGAACGUUUGUAGGUCUUACAAGAAGGGCUGUGCUCCCUUAUCAAGCGAGGGCGUAUGGCAGUAAAGCCGACGGAGGAAGAGACAUUGGUAUAAGCGGCAUGCAUUCUAUAUUCCCCCCAGAAGAAAGUCACGAAGGGAAAAUUGAAACACCCGAUUCCCUGAUGCCCAGUAAUCUUGGACACAUGCUUGGUGAGGAGAGAGAUGAAAUUUUAACAGAGCUGGCUGGUGCAAAGGAUCACUUUGACUUUGAUGGAGUCCGUGUGAAUGAACGUGAAGGCACCAGAGACGCCCCAAUCAUUGUUAGAUCCGAGAGUGACAACAGAAUCGUCGGAUGUCUUUGUGAUGACGAACAAGUUCACAUUAACUACAUGGUGUUAACUUCUGGAGCACCAAAGAGGUGUAUGUGUGGAUUUUGGUAUAAACUUGUAGAAGCGUAGUGUCUAUGGAGUUUCGAUAGAUUUUACCUCAAAGUUUUGCUGUUAAUCAUCAAACUAGCUAACAGACCUGCACGCCAAUUGGACUACCAGUUGUUGGAUGUCAUUCUUUGUGAUGACAAGUGAUGGCUCGGGUGUUUGACUUCAUAACUAAUUAGAGCUUGAUAAAUAUUGUGCAGCUGAAGUAAAGUGUUAGCAAAUACAUGUGGAAGUGUGACUGAAUUCAAAAUAUUAAAAUUUUGUUCUAAG